AUGGGGCGGGUCUCCACGGUUGCUCUCGCGGCGGCGGCGGCGGUGUCGCUGCCGAUGCUGCUGAUGUCGCUGCCGGCCGCGGACACGUACGAGCAGGAGACCCGCUGGAUGUUCGUGGAGUGGAAGGCCAGGUGCAGGAAGACCUAUAGAUACGCCGGCGAAGAGGAAUGCCGGUACGCGGUGUUCAAGGACAGCCGCCGCCGCGUCGCCCGGUCCAGGGCCGCUGGGGUGACCACAUCUGGCCUUAACAGUCUCAGCGCCAGCGCCAGCGCCAUUGAGGAGAUAUACCGCGGGCGCGGGGUCCGGAUGGGGGAGGAAUCGUACGAGCAGGAGACCCGCCGGAUGUUCGUGGGGUGGAAGGCCAAGCACGGCAAUACCUACAAAGACGUCGGUGAGGAGGAAUGCCGGUACAGGUUGUUCAAGGGCAACCGCCGCGUCGUCGUCCGGCUCAACGCCGCCGCCGCCGGGCAAAACGUGUACGGCCUCAACCAAUUCGGCGACCUCACGAACGAGGAGGUCCAAGAACGCUGCUACCCGGAGAUGGAGGACCGAGAGCUGAGCGCCAGGUGCCAAGCCGCCGUCCCCGUCCCCGACCCGGGCCCGGACCCCGUCCAUGGGAGGCUGUUUCGGUACCAGACAAAAGAUAGUGAUGAUCAAUUGGAAGGUAAAAUGAAAGAACUCGCUGCAGCUUUAGAAAAUGAAGCUACACUGCAGCCCCCCUCCCCUGUCCCCCAGUAA